UGACACUCGAAGAGGUCAAUCACGAUGCGAGUGAUCAAGGCGUACUUUGGGCAGGUCCGGCAAGGCCAUCGCAUUCGAAAGGCGACAAGUGUCAUGCAGAAGCGGAAGAAGGACAGCGUAACGAAGGUCGUGAACGACUUUGAGGCGCUGUCAAUCUCAGACAAAGAAGUGGUGAUCACGAGGGUGUUGGCAAACCACAAGAAGGACUUCAACCUGGAAAAACACUUUGCAGAUGCCGACGUGAACCAAGACGGCAAGCUGACGGCGGUGGAGUUUCAUUCGUACAUCACAUCCCAAUUCUUGCCCAAGACCCUGUCGAGUUCGAUCGGGCAUAGUUCCAUGGAACCGCCAACGGCGCACCAGCUCCGCCUCGUCAUGCUCGCAUCCGGCAUUCCGUUCAUUGGAUUUGGUGUCGUGGACAACCUCAUCAUGCUCACAGCCGGCGACUUCCUCGAAACGAACAUCCGCCUCAUGUUCCCCAUCUCCCUCGUCGCGGCGGUCGGCCUUGGAAACUGCGUCGCCGACGUUGCAGGGCUCAGUCUCGGCGGGGUCAUCGAAUCCUUCGCUCGUAAACUAGGCAUCCAGGACCCCCAGCUGUCGUCCACGCAGGCGCGCAUGCCGCAUGUCCGCGCGGUGAGUUACUUUUCGCAGGCGAUCGGCAUCUCGUUUGGAUGCCUCGUGGGCAUGUUUCCGCUCUUAUUUAUGGAUUUUGACGACGAAGAUGAAGACGAGGUGAAGCAGGCCGUGAAGAAGCGGUACCGAGUGCGGAUGUCUGCCUCACCCGAACACCACGAGGACCAUAAUGCAGUCAAAUUGGCCAUUGAGUAGUAGGUACUUGAGUACAGUAGUACCUAACCUAAUAAAGUACAGUUGUACUACAGUA